GGCGUGCAUGUAUUUUCAUGUUCAUGUAUGGUUGCAUGGUCACUGCAGUUGUUUCUGCAUGCAUGGCCGCGGUAGGUAGGUAGGUAGGGCGGGCUGCUGCGCAUUUGCGUGAGCGGGGCCGGAUUUAGAUUUAGGGCGGGUUGCAUUUGCGUGAGCGAGGCCGGAUCUCGCGCAGGCAGCCUCAGUGCGGUGAUCCGACUCGCGAGCGCGGCUGUGCGGAAGUCUUUUCAUCCCUGCUGGGCUCUGAGUCCUGAUUAGCUCUCCUCCUCCUCACAACUUUCCGCUCGGACUCGAGUCCAAAAAUAAGACUAAAAAAGCGAUUAGAAUUCGCCUGUGAGUUCCUGUUCGCCUCUGGAGCGUCCGUUAACCGUCGUCCUUUACAGGGUGAUGGCAAGACCAAGCCACAGUGAGCAUGUCCUGCAGCAGCUCAACAACCAGCGGGAAUGGGGCUUCCUAUGCGACUGCUGCAUUGCCAUCGGUGACAUUUACUUCAGGGCCCACAAGGCUGUGCUGGCAGCCUGCAGCUCCUACUUCAGGAUGAUGUUCAUCCGAGACCAACAGGGCACAGCGCGUCUUGAUCUCAGCAACAUGCAGAUCAGCGCCGAGUGCUUCGACCUCAUCCUGCAGCUCAUGUACCUCGGCCGCAUCGUCGUGGGACAUUACGAGUUCGAAGAACUGAAGUCGUCCAUGGCUUAUCUCCAGAUGUACUACAUCCCCGACUCGUUGGAGGAUCUCCGAGACAUCCGUGCGUCCAAUCUUACUCCCUCUUCUUCGGCUUCCUCAUCAUCAUCCAGUUCCUCAUCUUCCUCCAGCGUGGUAGGAGGAAAGAUGAUGUUUGGCGUUCGCAUGUUUGAGCAGCAGAGGCCGAGCCCUGCUAAAAGUGACCAUGUGCCUAAAAUUUCAAACCCAGCUACUCAGCAAAACAUUAAUAUAUCUACUGUAAGGCCCGUUGAGGAUGUGAUUGUUCCACUUCCUCCAGUGCACACGGAGAAUCUUGUAGAACAACCGUGUGAUCUGAGAAAGAGAACCUCGGGCCGAAGCGCCACCUUGAAAGAGCGUCCCCGGUUUGGUCGCACUUACACGUGCGACGACUGUGGGUUUGUCUUCAGUUGUGAGAAGCUUCUCAUUGAACACAUCCUCACAUGCACCAACCGCAAGGCAUACCAAACCCCAAGAGUCAGCAAAGCGGCCGACAGUGACUCCAGCAAAGGUGAGAGCUCGGCUUCUGAAGGAACCGGAGAGCAGAGAGCGGUUUGUAAAGGUGAGGAAGACUGGCCCGACCACAAGUCUGACACUGAAACUGUCAUCAGAUCCAUUGCCACUGGGAUGGACAACGAUUCAGCUUCCAACAUAAAGAUCAAAGUAGAGCAGGAAGAAGACUCGGAUACUGAGAUGGAAAACAUAAAGGUGGUCCAGGUUAGCAACCAUAGUGUGGGAAGCUGCAAAGUACGCCGAAGAACAUUCAGAACCAAUCUUGGAGAUAACAUAAGAUUUGACAGCGAAGAAGAAGCUGGAGUUUCUGCCAUAGAUGAUGGUGCUCUGGAAGGCCACAGUAAGGGUCUGGAAGCGAAGGUUUGCCGGAUUAAAGAGGAAAAGCAGGAUGGAGAUUGCACUCCGUGCGAACUGUGUGGCGCCUUGCUAACCGAGGAGGAUCAAUCUGCUCAUUACAUCUCCAGCCACAUGGGACACAUAUGUGCCUGUGGAAGGUGUGGUCAGGUUCUGAUUAAAGGCAGGCAGCUGCAGGAGCAUGCCGAGCGCUGCGGGGAACCCCAGUGCACUGAAACCGAUUCCCCAGGUGAAGAGAGCCCUUUACCGGAAGAUACACAGGCCAUGGAGGAAGGCUUGAUCGAAGGUGCUGACUUGGGCUUCCGUUGUCCUCUUUGUGGCUUGAUCUUCGAGACAGAAAGCCUGGCAGUGGAGCACACGCUGGCCUGUCCUGAGCAGGACUCCUUCCGGCCUGCCACGAUGGAAGACGAGCCGGACCACCGGCGCAAGCACUUCUGCGCCAUCUGCGGCAAAGGGUUCUACCAGCGGUGCCACCUGCGUGAGCACUACACCGUGCACACCAAGGAGAAACAGUUCACCUGCCAGACCUGCGGAAAGCGGUUUCUACGCGAGCGCCAGCUCCGGCUGCACACCGACAUGCACAAGGGGAUGGCGCGCUACGUGUGCCCCGUGUGCGAUCAAGGCACCUUCCUGAAGCACGAUCACGUGCGCCACAUGAUUUCUCACCUGUCGGCCGGAGAGACCAUCUGCCAGGUGUGCUUCCAGAUCUUUCCCAGCAGCGAGCACCUGGAGAAGCACAUGGACGUUCACCUGUACAUCUGUGGCGUGUGCGGUGAGAAGUUUCGCCUUCGCAAAGACAUGCGAAGCCACUACAACCUAAAGCACACCAAGAGGCAGUAAACGGGGAAGAGGGUAUCAUAUGAUUUGUUGUUUUUUUUUUUUCCCCCUUUUUAAAUUUUUAAAGCCAUUAUUUGUGAUAAAUGUGAGAAAUCUAUGCACUUAGACACCAAAUAACCUAUGAAACUGCACUUUUAAUGGUAUGCAUAAUCCAGGUGUUGUUGGAUUCAGUGCCUCUAGCUUUAGGCACACUUUAUUCAUUAAAUCUCAUUUCAUCUUACUCUACGUGUAACAUUUAAUAACUCACCAGUUUCAAACAGAAAUUUCCUUUACGUUCUAGACAAGAUUAACUGGUCCAUAGUCAUUUGAUGAUCAGUUCUCCUGCCCGUCUUACAGAAGUUAAGUAUUAAGCCGGCUUUACACUGUACAAUUUUUGGCCAGGUGCGUUGCUGUUGUGUAAAUCGUAAAAAAGUCCAAAUGUGAGGAUUUAGUGCCAUUACCACCAUGGAUGACCAACGACAACGUUCUGUCAGUGUCAGAAACUUCUGGUUAAAAUCUCAGUCGCUGCUACGAUGUUUGUCUAAAAUCCACCAACUGGAGGACAGCGUAGGAUGACGCCGAUGUAGACAGUUACAUUCUUUAUUCAUACCUCAUUCUUCAUUCGUAAGCUCACUUGUUUGUGUUUAUGCGAGUCCGUUUUCUGCAAGAGCAAAUCUACGGAUCUCGCUGAGUGAUGAUCUAAGCAGUACGUCAAUCGUUAGAGGAUCUUCAUCGUAAACACAUUAUCACACAAUCUCUUAUAGAAUUCGGAUAAAAUCGUUGAUUUUGUACAGUGUGAAAAUUUCUAAUCUUAUUACACCACUGAAAUCGUACAGUAUAAAACCAGCUUUAGCAGGACUUUUUUUGGUGCUCUGUUUUUUUAUUUUCUGUGAUCUGUUACUUUUUAUUAUUAUUAUUAUUAUUAUUUUAUUAUUAUGAAUAUUUUGAUUGGUAGUACAUCUGGCAAAAUCUUUUCAGGUGUACUUCUUUAUAGACCAUAUUCUUUAAGCCUCUAAGUCUCAAAAGCUGUUUAGCAUUAAGGUAUACUGUACAUUUCCUUUUUUUUAUAAACAACAGAACACUAAAAUAUUGCAUUUAAUACAGUCUUAAAACACUCUUGAACUGACUCAUCUCGCUAGUUUGGUUUAUUUUUCACCAGUCUCGUUUGUCUUACCCUUAAUCUGGGGUUUAAUGUAUAAACUAUGCAAACUCAAGCUUAUUAUAAAUGAAUUUCUUCAAUCAAAAUACAUUGUGCGUGCUGUGUCAAGUCAUUAAACAUUAGCCACGGUUGAUUUUUUACUACACAUCUUUAUUUAUUUUAAAUGAGCCCCACUGAAAUUCAGACUAGCUUUGUGUAAGAGUGUUCAGAGAUUCACAUUUUAUAAUUAAUGUUUAAGAAAAUCAAGCAUUUUUUAUUAACUUCUUAUUCUGACAAAUUCUGAGUAAAUUAUUAAAUGUAUUAAAUGAAAAUUUUUCAUUUUUUAAAUAUUCAAAAAAAAAAAAAAUCUGUUGAAAUUAACAGUUCGUAAAAUUCCUUACAACAAAAUACAGUUUAAGCAUCCGAGGUCGGGAAAGGUGCUUGAGCCUGGACCGAAUUUACAAACAAUAAAUGUGUGUUAAUACGUUUCAAUGUUACAAAUUCAACUGUAUAAAUUUCAUUGUUAAGAAUUCAGUGCCUUUUAAAUGUAUUUUUUUUUUUCUUAAAAAAAAAUCAACUCUUCAUAUAA